UUCUGCUACCGUGCUCCAAGAUGACGGCCUCAAGAAAGGAGUUUGCCGCCCUGACGAAAGAGUUGAACGCCUGCAGAGAACAGCUGCUGGAGAAGGAGGAGGAGAUUUCAGAGCUGAAGGCCGAGAGGAACAACACCAGACUGCUGUUGGAGCAUUUGGAGUGUUUGGUUUCGAGGCAUGAACGUUCCCUACGCAUGACAGUGGUAAAACGACAGGCCCAGUCUCCUUCUGGGGUCUCCAGUGAGGUGGAGGUCCUCAAAGCUCUUAAGUCCCUCUUUGAGCACCACAAAGCACUGGAUGAGAAG